AUGACAGCCUCCAAGAGCGGUAUAGCCUCUCCUAGAUUUUGGCCAUCUAAGCACUUCAACCAUAGACUUGUUUCAGAGUUUGCAUAACGCUCACCUUCCAACUCUCUAGAAGGUUCAUAAGAAUCCGUGAAGAAAUCCGAACGAAAUUCCUCUAUAAAUACGGUCAGCCAUUGGUUCUGAACCAAACAGCAUGGAGAGCAAGAACAGUUGAAAGAAAAACGCUAACAAACCAUUGCUGAGCUUUUUGAACAUCCAAAACACAUUCGUAACACCUCAGAUAAUUCAUUAUAGCAGCAAGUUCUGAUGUAUGCUGAUGAACUACGUGCCUCUUCAAGCAGCUUCAAGGAACACUCUACGUCACUUUCUCUGGACGGAGAUUCAUCAAGUAGCAGCGCCGUUUCCAGUUUAAUUAAUACUGCCAAAACACCAAAAACUGGUUGUACAUUGUUUGCCGAACGCAAAAACAACGGUAUCAUAUCAUUUAGGUUAUCCUUUUGUGUAGCCGUGGAUGGCUUGGCCGCAUACAGACGGAAAAUGGCGCGGAAAAAGCGCUUGAUAUUUGGUAUGGACAUUCGGUCGAGAAUGAAGAAGUACUCCGUCAUGAGGGCGAUGAAAGGCUCUAUCGCCUCGGCGUUUGUGUCGAUGAGAUCAGUAAGCUCAUAAAGUACAGCUUCAGAUUCACUUUCCGACUGCACAGAAUGCGAUAACAUCGUUUUUAGANUAAGCUCCCUGCAUUUAGUAAGAGCUAUGAAAAGGUCUUUAAAAAGUUUCGCUCCAAACUUCUGAGUUUCUUCUUUUGCUGACCAUAAACAUUGUUGAGCUAUAGAGAUGAGAGGUGAAACAUUGCGUUCACACAACGACUUGAAUUUCAGAGCUUCUCCAAAUAAACGACUCAGAGACUCGAGGUUAUCUUGCGAAAGAAGGAAGCGUUGUUUUAUAACAUUCGAUGCACUCAGUGGACAGGUACGUAAUGCCAGCAGAUCGAUUGCAAGUAGUAUAUCAAAGAGGGUUAAAGCCUGA